AUGUCAUCUAUUAUCCGUUAUCGAUUUAAAGCUGAUAAAAAUUAUGAAUCUGUUAAAUUUGAUGGUGCAAGUUGUUCACUAGGUGAACUUAAGCGUUUAAUUAUGGAAAAAUGUUCCAAAUCACAUCAUCCAAAAGAUGAUUAUGAAUUAACUAUUAGCGAUUCAAAUUCAAACGAAGAAUACAAGGAUCAUAAUGAUUUAAUACCACGUAAUACAAGUGUUGUUGUGGCAAGAAAAAUUCGAGGUUGUGUUGAACCAUUGACACCUUUAACAAAUAAUAAUAAUACAGCAUCAUCAGACGAUACUGCUGGCGGUUCUCAUCAAUCUCAACAAAUGACAGAGGAUGAAAGAAUAAAAGAAAUCAUAAAAGGCUCACAAACAAGAUUUACUUCAUCUCAUCGGUCACCAUUAUCAACAUCUACAUCUUAUGUCUGUCACAAAUGUAAUCAACAAGGACAACAUAAACCAACGUGUCCACUAAAUUCAAUGAAUGAAAGUGGUAAAGAGCAUCAUUCUCCAUAUCAGAUUAAUUAUUCUGCACAUCAUGGUCGACAGAGUGGCUAUAUUCGUGAACCGCAACCAAAACGAACAAGUGGUUUGCCACGUUCUGAAUUAAUCUCUGUACCAAGACAUAUUCCAGGUUCAUUAAGAGAUCAAACCGGAUCAUUUGUUAUACCAAAACAAACGGCUGAAGCAUUAGUUGAAAAGAGCGAAAGAAAACAUGAACAAGCAGCCAAUCGUCUAAGACAACAACAACAAACGAAAUCUGCAGUCAUUUCCACAACAUCCAGUUCUACUCUUAAAUUAAAUUCUUCGUCCAAAAUUGAAGACGAUCCAAUACCACACGAUCUUUUAUGUCCAUUAUGCAACAAAAUCUAUGUCGAUGCUGUUAUAACACCGUGUUGUAACUUGAGUUUUUGUGAUGAAUGUGUUCGUACUAGUCUAGUUGAAAGUGAAGAACAUGAAUGUCCUUCUUGUCAUCGUCAGCAUGUUCCAAUUGAUCAAAUAAAUCCAAAUUUAUUUCUAAGAAAUCAUGUUCAACGAUGGUUAAGCGAAAAACAGCAACAACAAAAAUAUGCACUACCUUCUUCAUAUUCUGUGUCAACAACAAUAAGUACAUCAGAUCCUGACUUUGAUCUCGCUCUGACAACAUCGAAUGAAAGUGAUUUUGAUGUUUUGGGUGGUUCAUCACAACAGCAAUCAACCGUUCAAGCUACAAAAAAUGUUCUCACGACAAAAUCGACGACAACCAUUACAAAUCAACAAGUAAAGAAAAGUCCAUCACCCCAACCGAUCUUUGCUACAAGACCAGCGGAUAUGACAUUUGAAGAUGGCAAACAGCCAGAUGGACCUGACGGACACCAAACCAUAACGAAUGUUUCUGAAACUGCUUCGACAGCGGUACCAGAUGUAAAUUUAAUGGAUACAACAGAUCCUUCUCAAACAACGUUGAAUGCCAAUACUACAUCGACAAUGCAAACAGUAAUCGAAGCCGCAGAAUCUUCUUCACAACCAUCGAGCGAAGCAUUAUUGAGUAACCAAUCAUCCACAAUUUUAUCUUCACCUUCCACAACCACGACAACAACAAUGUCUCGUUCAACGAUGUCUCAACAGCAAACAUAUCUUCAACCACAGCAUCCUCCCUAUGCUCCACAUGCAAAUAAUUCUUAUCAAUCUUAUGGUCAACUAUCGUAUGCUUAUCCUUCAGUAUCAAUACAAUCAACAAUUUAUUCACCUCGACAAAUGAUUCCACUACCCCCAGCAAUUCCUCCAUAUGCAGCAGGUCCGUUUGUUGGAAGGCCAGGUCUACCACCUUAUGCUCAUAAUUAUCCUCAAAUUCCGCCUCAUUUACCGCCGCAUCAAACUCAUCCAAUGCAUCAACUAAUUCAGUCAACGUUGCUUCCAGGUCAUCAUCCUGCUCAUACCGGUGUAUAUCAACCACAUCCACAUGUUCAUCACCCAUCAGCUCCAACUCAACAUUUUCCACCUCAGCUCAAUCAAACAAUUGCACCUGCCGUAACAUCUACUAGUGCAUCCGCUACCGCCGCUGCGGCCCUUUUAAGCGAAGAAGAAUUUUAUCGUGAAAAACAAAGAUUGUUACAACAGAUUCAUGAUCGACGACCAAUGCGCCGUCGUUCGUCAAGUGCACGUUCUCCGUCAUCGCCAGCCUAUCGUCGUUAUUCGAAUUACAGACGGUAA